AUGCCAAAUGAUAGGGAUACUCUACAGAAUGAUGAGGAUAAUGCAACAGAUACAGCAUCCCAAGCCGGCAAAAAUGUAGAAAUAGCUACAGAAGAGUCGCUUUUUGAAGCAAUUAAUUUAUAUAGAGAAUCAAUGAAGCUUCCGCCAUUGAAGUUCGAUAAUGUUUUGAGGAAUUAUUCAUUAGAAUUGGUUCAAAACAAGGAAAUUAUUAUCCCUACUGUUGAUUUUAAAGUCUACAUGACAAAAUUCAGAUUCCUUGAUCAAUGGAGGAAACGUUCAACAGAUAGAUACAUGAAAAAGUGGAUAGCAGACCCAUCGAAACGUACUGUUCUACUUUCUCCUGGAAAUUACGGUGCAACGUGUAUCUUCAGCAAACCAAAUACAAAAGAGAACUAUGUUGCUGUAUUUGUUUCCUCCGUCUUCAUUCCAAAUUAA